AACAGUUGAAACCUACUUUGGAAGGAACUUGUUUACAAAACCAAUCGAACUCGAAAUCGAAGGAUACAAAACCAUUCGAAACCAUUCGAAACUUGAACCUAAUCCUUUGAAUCGUUCUUGGUCAUUAAAGAUAAAGAAAGGACUAUCAAGAUGUCAAUGAAUUUAAAGAAAUCUAAUAAUCCGAUCGAUUUAUAUUUCCAUGCUUUAUUCACUCGACCUAUGCUUACUAAAUCGAUCACUGCUGCACUUCUAGGUUAUUAUCAAGAAAUCUUAGCACGAAAACUUGCUGGUCUUAAUCGACCUUCGAAAUCGUCUCAUCCGCAAUUAAAUUAUCUUCAAUCUUUAGGGUUCAAUAUCGAUGCACUCAAACUGGCAGGAUUUGGCGGUCUUGUUGCCGCACCUUCGACCCAUAUACUUCAGGUGAUGCUAUAUGCCAUACUGGCGAAACUCGAAGGUAGAAAUAGUACGGUUUCGAAGGCGAGACAAUCACCAUCUUUUGUUUCCAAGUUUGGUCUUUUAUUGGGUUCGAUCCUCUUUGUUAGCCCGAUUCAAAAUACUAUCUAUAUCAUCUCGAUGGCUAUCUUAAAUGGCGCAAGAUCAGUCAAAGAGAUCAAAGCAGCUUGGAAGCGAGGUUUUCCAAAACUCACUCAACUCAACUUGCUCGUUGCUCCAAUCUCAGGUAUCUUUGCUGCUCGUUUCCUUCGUCCUCGUGGUACAUUUGCUUUUUUCACUUUACUUCAAUUCUCUCUUGCACUCUAUUUCAAUCAAUUAUCUAAAAAACUUAGACUUAAAGCUAAAGGUCCUCGAACACCUCGAUCUGACUAAAGACCAAAGUUCAAAACUCCGAGGGGAAAAAUGUCUUGAUUACUAUAUACUACUCAGCAUCGGACUUGUGUAAUCAGUCAAAAGAAAAUCACGGUCUUGGAUAAGUGAUGUCUUUGCUUGGUUUUAUGUUUGCUUGGAUUGUGGAUCAAACCUUCAUGGAGGUGUUCUAUUUCUCGAAUCUUUUUUUUCUCAUUCAAUAUCAAGUUGAAUACUUUUUUUUUCGGUAUUUAUUCUUUAAAUUCCGAUUUGGUAGUGUUUUUGGUUUCUUUUUGAUUGUUUUAUCACUCAUUAAUUGGUUUAAAAAUCUUGGAUAUAACAGAGUAUGAUUGAAAUUGAAUUUUAUUUUUCUUUUGC